AUGUGCAUCUCACAAUCUAACAAACUCUUUAGGCUAAAACCUAUAGUUUUCAAAAUAGCACUAGUUUUCUUACUUAGCAUCACAAUCAAUAGAGACCACACCGCCACCCCAACCCCACAAUCGCCACCCUCGUCGCGGCUAUCGCUCGAAACGAUGCGUUUUGAUGGGAACCUAAGCUUCGAAAACAUCCAGCAUGCAUCCAAAGACUUCGGCAAUAGAUUCCAUCUCAUGCCCACAGCAGUCCUAUACCCAAAAUCCAUCUCCAACAUUGCCCAAAUCAUCAACCAUGUAUUCAACCUCGGCCUCACUUCCCACCUCACCGUGGCCGCCCGCGGCCACGGCCACUCCCUUGAGGGCCAGGCGCUGGCCCCCGAUGGUGUGGUCAUCGACAUGGAGUCGUACAAAUCCCCGGCCAUGACGUUCCACGCCAGGGAAAAACACCCGUACGUGGAUGUCUCGGCCGGGGAGCUAUGGAUAAACAUCCUGCAUGAGAGCCUCAAAAGAGGCCUCACUCCCAAAUCUUGGACGGACUACCUUCACCUCACCGUCGGCGGCACUCUCUCCAACGCCGGCAUCAGCGGCCAGGCCUUCCGCCACGGCCCUCAGAUCAACAAUGUCUACCGACUACAAGUCGUGACAGGCAGGGGAGAUGUGGUGACCUGCUCGGACGAGCAGAACGCCGAUCUCUUCAAUGCAGCUCUGGGCGGACUAGGGCAGUUUGGGAUCAUCACUGAGGCCAGAAUUGCUCUGGAGCCAGCUCCGACAAAGGUUAAAUGGAUCAGAGCAUUAUACUCUGAUUUCACCGCAUUCACCAACGAUCAAGAGCGUCUCAUAUCUCAUUCACGAGACGCCUUCGACUAUUUAGAAGGAUUCGUCGUUAUAAACAGAACCGGGCUGCUAAACAACUGGAGGUCAUCCUUCAACCCGAGGGAUCCGGUCCAAGCAGAACAGUUUACUUCUGAUGGAAGGAUCCUGUUCUGCUUGGAACUGGCCAAAUAUUUCAACGUAGAAGACGUUGGAGAGAUUGAACGGGAAGUGGACAGCCUCCUGAUGGAGUUAAGCUACAUUCGUUCCACGCUGUUCCUGUCUGAGGUGUCCUACGUGGAUUUCCUCGACAGAGUCCACGUGUCGGAGAUGAAACUCCGAGAGAACGACCUGUGGGACGUGCCCCAUCCGUGGCUUAAUCUUCUUGUGCCGAGAAGCAGCAUUCAUGGCUUUGCUGAGGAAGUUUUCCACAACAUUGUCAAGGAUACAAGCAAUGGCCCGGUUUUGAUCUACCCUGUCAACAAGUCAAGGUGGAAAAAUGGGACAUCCUUGGUGACUCCGGACGAGGAUGUCUUCUACUUGGUCGCGUUCCUGAGCUCAGCCAUGCCGUCUUCUGUAGGGAGAGACGGGGUGGAUGCCCUUUUAGCACGAAACAGACGGAUUGUAAAGUUUGUUAGUGAGUCGAAACUCGGGAUCAAACAGUAUUUGCCUCAUUACACCACUACACAAGAGUGGAGGGCUCAUUUUGGGGAUAAAUGGGAGGUUUUCUUGAGAAGGAAAUUGGCGUAUGACCCCCUCGCCAUCCUGGCCCCCGGGCAGAGGAUUUUUCCGAGGGCCAUCUCAUUUCAUUUAUCCAUAUAUGUGUGA